GCGCCACCACUGCCGGCGAGGCAUGCGCAGCGAAGUGGGCCACAGCAGGGGCUUUCGCAGCGAUCUCCUGGGGCCUAUGCAGGCGCAGCAGCGCUGGUCUUUGCUGCCGCCGCCCGCCGGCCAAAAGGCCACCGGCAGCUUACGGCGCUCAGCGCGACAGAACAGGAUCAGUGGUUCUCGCGACAGGCGGAACAAAGGACGUCCCCGUCUGGGGCCUUCGCCGAGCGGGGCCUCGCUUUGCUGGAAGAGGUGGAGGCCCCGGCUCGGAAGCAGGAAGCUUUUCGCUACACCGACCUCGAAGCGCUCCUCUACG